GCGAGCGCCAGCUCUGUGUCCAUCAUGGUGGCUAACAUCCUGAGGCUGUUCCAGAUCCCUCAGGUGAGUUACGCCUCCACGGCUCCGGAGCUCAGUGACGACCGGCGCUACGACUUCUUCUCUCGCGUGGUGCCUCCGGACAGCUUCCAGGCUCAGGCCAUGGUGGACAUCGUGAAGGCCAUGGGCUGGAACUACGUCUCCACGCUGGCCUCGGAGGGCAGCUACGGGGAGAAGGGGGUGGACGCCUUCAUGCAGCUCUCCAGAGAGUCAGGAGGAAUCUGCAUCGCUCAGUCUCUGAAGAUUCCUCACGACCACAAACCCUCAGACUUUGAUAAAAUAAUCCGCAUGCUGCUGGACACUCGAUAUGCCCGCGCCGUCAUCCUGUUCGCCUCCGACGAGGACAUCAGAGGCAUCCUGAAUGCCAGUAAGCGAGCGGACCAGGUGGGUCACUUCCUGUGGAUCGGCUCUGACAGCUGGGGCGCCAAAAACAGCCCAAUUCUGCAGCUGGAAGAGGCGGCAGUGGGCGCCGUCACCAUCCUGCCCAAAAGAGCCACCAUCAGUGGCUUCGAUGCGUACUUCACCUCUCGGACUCUGGAGAACAACCGCAGGAACGUCUGGUUCGCUGAGUACUGGGAGGAGAACUUCAACUGCAAACUGAUGAGUUCCUCCAAGAAGGACGACAGCAGCAGGAAGUGCACCGGUCAGGAGCGGAUCAGCAUCGACUCGAAGUACGAGCAGGAGGGGAAGGUGCAGUUUGUGAUCGACGCCGUGUACGCCAUGGCUCACGCUCUGCACAACAUGCAGAGGGACUUCUGUCCGGAGAACUCUGGCAUCUGCGCCGACAUGGACCUGGCCGGAGGGAAGAAGCUGCUGAAGUACAUCCGCAGCGUCAGCUUCAACGGAAGUGCCGGUACUGCGGUGACGUUCAACCGUAACGGCGACGCCCCCGGACGCUACGACCUGUUCCAGUAUCAGUGGAGUAACGUCAGCGGGCCGGGAUACCGUGUGAUCGGGCAGUGGACCGAGUCCCUGCAGCUCAACAUGGAGGACAUGCAGUGGCCUCGGGGGGAGCAGGACGUCCCCAGCUCCGUCUGCAGCCUCCCCUGUAAGGCGGGCGAGAGGAAGAAGGUGGUGAAGGGCAUGCCGUGCUGCUGGCACUGUGAGCCCUGCGACGGAUACCAGUACCAGUACGACGAGUUCACCUGCAAGCUGUGCUCCUACAACAUGAGGCCCAAUGCCAACCGCACCGCCUGCCAGCCAAUCCCCAUCACCAAGAUGGAGUGGAGCUCCCCCUGGGCCGUGAUCCCCGUGUUACUCGCCAUGAUCGGCAUCACCGCCACCAUCCUCGUCAUGGCCACGUUCGUCCGGUACAACGACACACCGAUCGUCCGUGCGUCCGGCAGAGAGCUGAGCUACGUCCUGCUCAUAGGGAUCUUCCUGUGUUACAUCAUCACCUUCCUCAUGAUCGCCAAGCCGGACGUGGGCGUGUGUUCGUUCAGACGGAUCUUCCUGGGGCUGGGUAUGUGCAUCAGUUACGCCGCCCUCCUCACCAAAACCAACCGUAUAUACCGGAUCUUUGAGCAAGGCAAGAAGUCGGUGACGGCGCCCCGGCUGAUCAGCCCCACCUCACAGCUGGCCAUCACCUCCAUCCUCAUCUCUGUGCAGCUGAUGGGGGUUUUCAUCUGGUUCAUAGUGGAUCCGCCCAACACCAUCAUAGACUACGAGGAGCAGAAGACCUUCAACCCGUUUAAGGCUCGCGGCGUGUUGAAGUGUGACAUCACGGAUCUCCAGAUCAUCUGCUCGUUGGGUUACAGUAUCCUAUUGAUGGUGACGUGUACUGUUUACGCUAUAAAGACCCGCGGGGUCCCGGAGAACUUUAACGAGGCCAAGCCCAUCGGGUUCACCAUGUACACCACCUGCAUCGUGUGGCUGGCCUUCAUCCCCAUCUUCUUCGGCACGGCGCAGUCUGCAGAAAAGCUGUACAUCCAGACCACCACCCUCACCAUCUCCAUGAACCUGAGUGCGUCCGUGGCCCUCGGGAUGCUCUUCAUGCCCAAAGUCUACGUCAUCAUCUUACACCCGGAGCUCAACGUGCAGAAGAGGAAACGCUCCUUCAAGGCCGUCGCCACCGCCGCCACCAUGUCGUCCCGCCUCUCGCACAAAGCCAGCGACCGGCCCAACGGAGAGGCCAAGACCGAGCUGUGUGAGAACCUGGACCCCAACAGUUAAUUUCAUAAUUGAUCAGAGGUCCGGCAGCAAAGAAGAAAUACGUGAGCUACAACGACCACGAGAUCUGAAGCCAUCGAGCGAGAGACUGAGAAACUGAGAACCAGGAAGAAGAGUGUGUUCCCGCCCUGCCGGCUGAAAUCAAGGAAAGGGAGGAGACGGGAAAGCAGGAGGGUUUAUGUUAUUGUUCGUUUUUCUGGUAUCAUGUGCUUCAUUGCCCACCGCGGACUUUCAGGAGCUGAAGCAAAGCAUGCUGGGACUUUCCUCUGGACUUUGAGCGCAUUUACAAAGAGAGGCGAGCGAGCAGUUUGUUGUCGAUGGUAAAAAAUAAAUCAUUGUGUCCGUGAUGCAGAGAAGGAACAUGGCGGACGUCUUCUCUCCGCCGUUGAUGUCAAACGAAGCCUCCUCUCGUCUUUAAACCGACUUCCUGUCCUCCCGAGUGUGGCUCUUUAUGGCUUAUAUGUUCUGGUUGUUGCUUUACUUUCCUCUUCACGGUUUCUUUCAAGGCGAUGAUGGUUUUGACGUUGUUGAUGAGUCUAUUUUUGCUCUCUGCUUCUUGGAUGCGCAUUGUUUUUUUAUUGAAGCCAUAUUCUCUGCUUUGAGAUUUGGAGGGCUUUGUGGCGCUACCAACAGGAAUCUGAUUUCUGCCAACGUCUCUGAAAGGCCCUGAAAACAGGAUUCAUAAUCUGCUUAAUACUGCGACGAGCACACAAAUACAACUCUGAUUAGCACAAGGGUUUUCCAAAGAUCUCUGCAAACCAUUUCUGUUUAAAGUCAGGAAGAAUUGACGUUGAAACAUGGAUGAAAUUAAACCUUUCUUACUAUUAUUUGGGGA